UACACACAUGGUACACAUUAGAACGCACUCAGCCCACAGUAGCAAGAGUGUGAGGCUUUUUGCUCUGUGGAACGUUGUGACGGCAAGAACUUCAAAUGACUUCCACGGACUUUUACCUGCGUUAUUACGUCGGUCACAAGGGCAAAUUCGGCCACGAGUUCCUUGAGUUCGAGUUUCGGCCAGAUGGCAAAUUGCGGUACGCAAACAACUCCAACUACAAGAACGACACCAUGAUCCGGAAAGAGGCCUACGUUCACAAGUGUGUCAUGGAAGAGCUGAAACGCAUCAUUGACGACUCUGAAAUCAUGCGUGAAGAUGAUGGGCUCUGGCCUCACCCUGAUCGUAUUGGACGGCAGGAGCUGGAGAUUGUGAUGGGCGAUGAGCACGUGUCCUUCACGACGUCCAAGAUCGGCUCGCUGGUGGAUGUCAACCAGAGCAAGGACCCCGAGGGCCUGCGCUGCUUCUACUACCUGGUGCAGGACCUCAAAUGCCUCGUCUUCUCCCUCAUUGGCCUGCACUUCAAGAUCAAGCCAAUCUAAAUGGGGCUCUUUACAACAAUAAACGCGUGCUUACUCUGCCAACUGGCAA